AGUUACUGGUCACUUUUCAGAACGUGCCAAUCAAACCCCUGUAUAACCAACCGGGGCUAGCCGCGAAGCUCCCAAAAAUUAAAUCAACGACCACUUGUAAUCUAUGGCUGCAGCUCGCUCCCAUAGCUCCAAUCCACCACAUUCACGCAACGUCGUUUUUGUGACAACCAACGAAAGGGGCUGCAACUACUAUCACAAUGAAGCCGUCAACACGCAUUCCCCUUCGUCUCUUCACGGCGACGGCUUCGUCGCCAUUGGCUUCGUCAGCCAGACGGUCCUGCGCCCUCGGUGCGCGCGCCAUCUCGACGACGCCCCUCAAGCCCGCCGAGGUCGCGCCCGUGGUCGGCACCGGCCCGCCGCCGGAACCGCCCAUUGCUGACAUCGCUGCCGAGGACCGGGCCGCCGCGGCGCGAAUCCGUGUCGAGAGGAGGAGGAAGCAGGCUGAGAUGCUUAAGCACGCCAAGCGGAUCCGGACGUCGGCGGAGGCCAAGUCGAGUAAGCCGGGUGCUUUGAAGAGGAGGUUUUGGAAUGAUGUUAGUGUGCAGGAGGUUGAUGGCGCCCUCCAAGUCCACCUCGACUCCCGUCCCCUUCGCCACCCCAACACCAAGGAAAUUAUCCGCCUCCCGCCCUCGAAGCAACACCUCGCCUCAGCCCUCGCCAUCGAAUGGGACUUCAUCACCUCAGCCGAGCAGGCGACGAAGCAGCAUCUGAUCCCCUUGACCUCGCUCAUCUGCCGCGCCAUCGACAUCGCCGCCGACGACGCCGCCAACGACGGGAAAAUCCGCGAGACCGUGACGACCAUGCUGAUGCGGUACCUCGACACGGAUGCGGUGCUCUGUUGGGCGCCGCCCGCGGGCGCGACGGACACGCGUAACGACGCCGGCGAAUCGCUGCGUGACGUGCAGAAGCGGACGGCGGAUGCGGUGGUGGGCGCCAUGACGGGGCGGGUGUGGCCGGGCAUCGAGAUUAAGCCGGUGCUGGACGGGCAUAGCAUCGUGCCGCAGAGGCAGGCGGAGGGGGUGCGGGAGGUUGUGCAGGGGUGGGUUAUGGGGCUUGAUGCAUGGGAGCUUACCGGGUUGGAGAGGGCUGUGUUGGCGGGGAAGAGUCUUUUGGGGGCGGCGAGGCUGGUUGUGGAGUGGAGUGAGGGUCCUGUUGGGGAGUGUCGCGAUCGGAAUGCGGGUAAGGAGGUUGGCAAGUUUGGUGUCGAGGAGGCUGCUACGGCGUUGAGUUUGGAGGUUACGUGGCAGACUGGGUCGUGGGGUGAGGUGGAGGAUACGCAUGACGUUGAGAAGGAGGAUUUGAGGAGGCAGUUGGGGAGUGUCGUUUUGCUUGUUUCUGGUACGAACCGGAGACAUCUGGUCCCGAAAGACCAGGGAUGUUUUGUAGAAGUAGUUAUUGGAACAAAAGUUGGCAUGGACAAAUCUUUACAGUCGCCCGACACUCGAGAAGAUCAGAGCCCGCGACCAGGGCUCAUUGCCAAAAUGUCUUUUGGCUGGUCCGCCGGAGACAUCGUUGCAGCACUUCAACUACUCAACAAGGUCCGCAUCGCUCUUAAAGACUCUGGGGGCUCCAAAAUCGACUAUCAAGAUGCCACUACGUUCCUUGAUCAAGCGUUGACUACGCUUCAAAUGCUCCGGACACUCGACGGCAUUCAGACCACAUCCCCACACCCGGAGCUUCUCCAGGGUGUCAGCAACCACGUUGAACAUCUUCAAAAAGAAAUCGGUCAGUUUCUAGAAGCCAUGCGGAAAGACUAUGGGGAGUCUUUGAGCCCCUCCUCGACAUCCAGCAAGGCCACAGCCCUGGCACGCAAGAUACAGUACGCGCUCUCAGCUUCGAAGAAGGUCCAGUGCCUCCGCGCAAAGAUCGGCCCUGAGUUAUCGACGUUGCAGAUCAAAUUAAUGAACUACAUCUUACUUAUUUGCGCCAAAUUACCAUCGGAUUUUCAGCGUCAGAUGGAACAUACCAUGAAGGCGCAGUUGCAAUCAUACAACCCGAAUCAAGAAAUCAAAAAUAUCCUUCAGCUCUUUGAGUCCCGUGUAAACAAGUUGGAUGGCUACCAUGAACAGGUUAUGAGGAUUCCCCCUAUCCUCGAAAUCAUACAGACCCAGUCUGAAGUACAAGAUGAGCACCUCAGACAGCUAGCAUCCUGGUCAAAGUCUUUGCCAAACACCAAAGAUACGACAAUCGAGAAUCGUCUUGAUCUGGAGCUUUUAUCAUCUAUUCUCCAGCACAGUCAGCAAGUUGCGACGGGGCUGGGAGCCAUCUCUGACACUGAUCAAACCCAGAUGCCUACUAUCAUUAGCGAUGGUCAAAUGAUAUCAAAGGAUCGCUCUUACGGUUUCAAAAAGAUUAACUUUGUUGUUAUCCGAUCUCCGUUGCAAAGUGGGAUCAAACUCAUAGAUGCUUUGGGGCGAAAGUCAACUCUACCGUACGAAUGUGGAAGGUCUUGGGACGAUUCCAAUAAGACGAUCCAAGUGUGGUUCCGAGGCUGCCCAGGGGAGAAUCUUGUUGCGAACGGGUUUUACUGCGUUGCUGACUCAAGAACCCCUUCUGGAUUCUUCGCCCAAGAGUCUUGGUCUUGCUGUGUGAAGGACGGUAUGACCAUUCAAAUGUCCGUCAUCACCAACACUUGCACAGAUUGUGGCAGCGAAAUGGUCUGUGACGAUCUGAACGAAUACGCUCUCUGCUCGUCUUGCAACAAGCGACAGAUAGCAGUCACACGUGAUGCCUUUCUGCGCGCUUCUUCGAACAUAUUCUCUUUUGGUGGCAACGAUGCAUCAGAACGUCAAAUCCAGGAUAGGAAUGUUGUUAAGACGACUUCCCUAUCCCCGCAACACUCGAUCCAUAAGCAAUUGAAGCAUGCUGUAUUUUACGCUCCUCCAUCCUACGGUUCGUACCAAAUUACAGAUGAUGCUGGACCGUUUUAUUUUGGAGAAAUCGACACAGGAGCAGGGAGGAAUUGCAAGCGUUUGGAAAUGGCAGAAGAAACACUACGCGAAUUCUCACAGUGCUACGGUUGCUACCUGAUAGAACUGGAGAAAGAACUGGUACAUGUACCGUAUCUUCGGAAGAACUGGGGCUGUCCGGAGCCGUUUCUAACAAAUGGCUUCCAGCAUUGGUCAGAGUUUGGGUAUUGAUGAGCACAGCAAUACGCACGGCGAAUAAUUGAAAAUCAUAAUCGGUUGGGAAGUUGCACUCAUGAAGUACAACCAGAGCGGUGAAAAGGCGAUGAUAAA